UAGGGAAAGGCGCGCCGCCGUAGAGCAAAUUUUACAUUUGAGUCAUUUAGCGGACGUUAUUAUUCUGAGCAAUAGUGCUUACAUGUUCAUACUUCUUCCCCCCCCGGGAAUCGAACCAACAACUUUGGCGUUGUAAGCGCCAUGCGCUACCAACUGAGGUACACGGGACCAACUAACUGACAGACCAUGAGAGCUUCUCAACUUCUUCAUUCAAACAUAUAACUUUACAAAAGACUGCGAUUAUCGCCGAACUCUCCCGCGUCAUGUCAUUAAUCAAAUCAUGUUCGAUUUACGUCUCGCCAAUUUCACAAACGUCGAUGGUUGUUUCACUGAAAGUGACGUAAAUUGAAAGUUUACGUUACUCUGUAUUUAGUUAGUUCGCACCAGCCAGCUAAAAAACUGCAUGUGCCACAUGAGGAAAUUAGGCAAAUUAAAUGUGCUGUUUUACUCAGUUUGGUGAUAUUGUUGAAUAUACCCUACACGAACACGCGCAGCUACAUUGAUUAGCACAUCACAUUUUCAAUGUGAUGUUGGUGGCUAGUCCGGGACGUUGCUGGGCAACCAAACAUUUUCAAAACUAGAAUGUGUUUACCCCAACUUCCAUUUUUGGAUAGUUUGCGAUAUUGUAGAUUGCACGUUUUCUGUAUAUUGCUAGUUUAUGUUACAUAAUAUCACUGGUACAUGCAACACUGUAUCGGGGUAUCUUUCUAUUCUUUUUUAAAUUUCGCCUUGAUUUCCUGCACCUGUGCCUAAUUUGUCCAGAAAAAAUUGCUGGUGAGUGACUGCCGUUUGUUUACUAACGUUAGCUAACGUAAGCUCGCUAGCUAAUCAACAACAUUAUUUUGUUCAUGUGUGCUGAUUGAAUACUUUUUGUUAUUGUGAACUGUUUUGUCUUGCUAGCUUGAUAAUGUUGGCCAUAUCUAGCUAUUAGGUUUGCUAGAUGAAGUUAUUUUUCUGACAACGUUAGCUAAUGUUCCAGGUUUCAUUCAUUUGUGUUAAUGAUCAAAAGUGUUCUGUUUCAAAUAAUACUUCUGCAUGUGACCCAACAGCCAUCUUUUUUUUAAAUUAUUCAGUAUUUUCUGUGCACCUAGCAUUCCACCUCAUGAUGAGCCAUCUACAUGGCAGAGCCUUAACAGAGAAGCAGAAUGUCCUGCAUGUUUUUAGCAAGCACUUCAAGUCUACAGAUAAAACCUGUAGCCCAACCAACAGAUCCACUCCACACUGCUGCUCUUCAAGCCAUACCAAGAACACAGAAGCACAAAACAGCCAGACGAACAAGACUAAACGACUAAAAACACGCAAGGAGAGGAGACAGGUAAGCAGAGGAGGAUCAAAUAGCAGAUCCCACCAGCACCAAAGCAGCAAAGAGAAGGACCACUGUCAUGGUUGCUGCCAAAGCUGCUCUCGCCUUCCUCCACGGAGAGAUGCCCCAUUAGCCCGCGUUUUCCCCGCAGGGCAAGAGCCCAGCAUCAUCACGAACAACCGUCUCAUCGGCCACCAUGGCCUGUUCAACCAUGAGGUGAAGUCCAUCGACAUCGAGCGCCUGCUGAGUGAGCAGAGGAAGUUGGAGAAGCUUGGGCAGCGCGGGGAGCGAGGCAAAACUACUGCUACUCUUCCUCCCCUUCCACCCUCAUCUUCCCUUCCUUUCUCCUCUCCUGGGCCUGAUUCAGAUGUGGGUGAAGUUGCUGUUCCUGACAAUGUUGAGGAGGAUCCAGAUAAAGGGAGAGUAGAAAGAGUAGUAGCAAAGAGUAAGGCCAACAAGUGUUAUGAGAAUAGGUCUAAUUCAGAAAGCAGACUUUUUAAGUGUUCUCAUGGGGAUACACAAGAGGAUUUCAGAAGAAAAUUCACAUCUAUUCAGGUUUGUCUGGAGAAGAAUGUAGCCAGUCACUCUAACAGCCAGGAGUCUGGUAUCACACCAGGACAGACACAUCAUAGCGGUCUGACAUCAUCAGAGGGCGGCGUAGUUACCCUAUCAUCCACAGAGAGUCCCUCACGUGUGGUUCGAAACAAGAGCAAGGGGCCCAGGCCUGUAGUCUGUGAAACACUGUUGUCACCCAGUGGAAGGAAUGAAAAUGAGAGACCACCUGACACAAGGGCUGAGGUUAAGCCUGUUGUCCUUACCAUGGAGCAGACCCCCAAAAACCAUGGACCUAUUCUCCCACACACACAGCCAUUCAGGCCCAGUCCAAACAUCACAAUAUCCUCCUUCUCAGCAAGAGGUGGACGCAGUGAGAGCUCAGACAAUCAGAUGCAGCAAACUGUCACCAACCCUGUCAGUGUGGUAGCUGCGCGUCUGUGCAGGUCUCUGCAGCUGCCACUACUCCGCAGGAGACACCUUGUGGCGGAAAGUAGGGAGGUGCUGCUGCAGGCCCUACGGGAGAGGCACGGGCUCCAGCUGCAGGAGAACCUACUCAACGUGCAGCGGCGUCUCAGCUUCGGUACAGGACCCACCACAACCAGGGCCGGCCUGGGGCAGAGAACAAUCCUGGAAGGCGUAGGUGCAUAUGGAGGCUGGCCUGCAGCUCCAUUGGACAGUGGUUUUGGAGAGAGCAUGGUGGAGCAUCCGUGCCUAGACGCCCAUAGGUCAGCCCCCAACAAGAGGAGGAGGAAGCAGCUAUGCCCCAACAGAAUGACCCCUCCUCAGCCCCUCAUUGGGUCGCAGAACAGCCUGGACACGGCUGCUGCAUGGAACCCCAACCCCAGUGUGGAGCAGGUUGGGGAACUGAUCGGAGAACUACUUAGGCCCUCUUCCUCCUCGCACUUCCUCAUGGACCUCCAGCCCUCUGGUUCCCCCUCUCGCCACCAUGUCUUUGCCCCCCCUCCUUCCUCACCUUGGGCAGCUCAAUCCGGUCUGCCUCAGCCCUGGGAUGACGUAUUCGACAGGGGAAGCAAGAGAGAGUCAACCAGGGUGGAUCACUUUGAGAACUGGAGGUAUGACCCAGAUUUGAGUUUUCUAAACCAGACAGAAACAGUGAGAGAGAAGAGCAGUGGGCCUUUCUAUCAUGAGAGUAUGCAGUGUUUCCUGCAGUAUCCCACAGGGCCAACAGAGGGACACAGAGACAGACACUUGCCACAGCAACAAGAUCCAUACGACAUUGAAAGAAGCCAUUUUGGUGGUUCUUCCUCAUCCUUUUUUGCUCCUACCCACUAUCCACUAGACAGUCAUCAGCUCCACCCUUUCUAUCGCUUCAACCGCCGCCCCCCAACCAGCCCUGUAAUCUCCAGGUCCCACCUUCCUGACAUGGCCUACUAUCCCCCCUCCAACAUGCUGGAGAGUGGCCUGUCUCCUCCUCUGCCACAUGGGUCCCUACCUGCUUUCCCCAGCCCUGAACGCUGGUCUUUCCCCCGGAUGAGACUGUACUGAUCCUCUAUGUAGUAGAGACAUGCAUAAGCACAAUGCUAUGUUGUUGAGUAUUUUCCAAAUGCAUACCAUCAAGUCUAAUUGUUUACAAUUACAACUGACUUGAUUUAUUUAUUUAUUGUUAUUGAAUACCAUCAUAUGAUUGUCAGAAAGACAAAGUGCCAUCCAGGAAAUGUUGUUUGUAUAUUUACAAAUGUAAGUUAAAUGUGUGAGAAAACGUUAUUUUACAAAUAUGUUCUAACAUACAUUUCACAUACUCUAAAACGACUUACAGCCUGGACAGUAAAAACACAGUUAUGCUGUAGAAAGGUAACAGCAGCAGAAUUAUUUUGUAUUGCAUGAAUACUUCUAAUUGAAACAUUUGCAUGCAAAAACAUACAGAAGCACUAUAAGAGAAAAUGAAUUGCAGAACUUAUGCAGUAUGUUGUUUACAGACAGCUACAGUGGACAAGUCAACUAUGGCAGUACAAAAUAUCCAAGAAUCUGGCCCUUGUGUUUUUUUUGUGGCCAGUGGGCCUACUUAAAGUAUACUUUAUUAUUUUUGACAAGCAGAAUGCUUUAGCACAGAUUAUAAAAGACAUGAAUUAGCAUGAAUGCAUUCUGCAGAGGAUUGUCUGCUGUCCAUGGGUAGAUCCCAAUUGCAUAUUCCUCGCCUUGUCUCCUUCUCAAAACCCAUUGGAUGAGAAAGCCAGAGGUCACUCCCCUCUGACCUUUUUCUCCAAUUGGUUUUGAGAAGGAGCGAGGACAUGAGGGGUAUACAAUUCUCCCCCUGUAAGAUGGACUGAAUAAAAUGAACCUGUAAGUAAAAUACUGUACACACUGUAUCUUAUAUUAAAAUCUAAUAAUAGAUCAUUCAUUUACUUGUUUUAGUUUGUGUACUACUGAUUGAGACAGUGAUAUUUUACAACAAGAAGUAUACUUAUAGAAUAUUUAAAUUCACUUUGCAACAUGAUUUGUCAAGGUACGUCUCAUCUUAUUUACCAUUUCCAUUUUGCAUCUUUUAAAUGUACAUACAGUAUUACAAUAUUAUUAUGUACUGAUCACAACAGGAUUAAGUUCAUUUUUUCCAUUAGAGCAAAUUACAAAAGAAAACAAAUUAUGGCUUUAGCUAAUAGCAGUCAAUCAAAGCAUAAACAAUGCUGGAUUUCAAGAAAGUAGAACAUAAAAUAAAAUGUUAUUUGUCACAUGCGCCGAAUACAACAGGUGUGCAUAAUUUCAGUAUUUUUACUACAUCGAACUUUGUUUAAUGUCCUGGAAACAGGCUGCUGCCAGGGCGAAGUGUGUCCUCUAACCUUACAGUGAAAUGUUUAUUUACAAGCCCUUAACCAACAAUGCAGUUUUAAGAAAAAAAUAAGUGAUAAGUAAAACAUUUAAAAUAAAAGUAACAAAUAAUUAAAGAGCAGCAGUAAAAUAACAAUAGCGAGGCUAUAUACAGAGGGUACUGGACAGAGUCAUGGCACGGAGGGCACUUUUACAAGAGAUUCAGUUCCUCUCUCUGUUUCUAUGUGUGUGGGUGUGCAUAAUUGCAGUACUUUUACUACAUUGAACUUUGUUUAAUGUCUUGGAAAAACAGGCUUCUGCCAGGGCAACGCGUGUCCUCUAACCCUUUCCUUAAGUAAUAGGUCUCAUCUGUCGGUGUCUUGCUGAUUUGAGACAGUGAUAUUUACCAACAAGAUGUAUACUUAAUUUUAAUAUUCUUUAACUUUGCAACAUGAUUUGUCAGGGUAUGUCUGAUCAUAUUUCCAUUGCCAUUUCAUCUUUUAAAUGUACAAACAGUAUCACAAUAUUAUUUAGUACAGAACAAGAUUAAAAAAUGUUCUUUUUGUCCAUGAGCAAGUUACAAAACCCCCGCCCCCCCCAAAUGAAUUAAGGUUAUUAAAGCACUAAAUCAAAGCAUAGACGAUGCUGGAUUUCAAG